UGUAAAAAGAAAAAUAAAAAACGCGGUUCCGCAUAAAGCUGAGGAAAAGGAAAAGCGAAAAGCAAAGACACCGAAGAAAAACAAAAGACUCCAUAAUCUCCUGCUUCUUCGUCUCAGCAAGGAUUUUCUCUGAAACUAAUUUGAUUCAGCCAUGGCUAAUGCGGCAUCAGGAAUGGCAGUCCACGAUGACUGCAAGCUGAAGUUUCUGGAACUGAAGGCGAAGAGGACAUACCGUUUCAUCGUGUACAAGAUCGAGGAGCAGCAGAAACAAGUGAUCGUAGAGAAACUCGGCGAGCCUGGUCAAUCCCAUGAUGACUUUGCAGCGAGUCUUCCAGCUGAUGAAUGCCGAUACGCCAUCUUCGAUUUCGAUUUCGUCACUGCUGAGAACUGCCAAAAGAGCAAGAUUUUCUUCAUCGCAUGGUCUCCGGACACAGCAAGAGUGAGAAGCAAGAUGAUUUAUGCGAGCUCUAAAGACAGGUUCAAGAGAGAACUAGAUGGGAUUCAAGUAGAGCUUCAGGCAACUGAUCCAACUGAGAUGGAUCUUGAUGUUUUCAAAAGCCGAGCCAAUUGAGGAAGAGACCCUCGAAAAGAAGAAAAAAAAAACUUUUUUCUAUUGUUACCGAGUGAUGCUUUUGCUUAAAGUUUGCUGUGACGGCACCAAACCAAAACAGCUUCAUUUUAUCUGUCUUUAGUCUUUGUCUUCGAUGUCUUUUUUUGGCCCUUACAGUGUUGUUGUCUUAAAGAGAUCUGGCUUGUGCUCUUUUACCAUUGUGUAAGAAACCAAAACCUAUCAAAGAUGAAAUCCUGUUGGCACAAUUCUCUACUCUUCAUAUUCGUAAUUUCGCAACCAGAUUCUUUGUUCUAGUGAUUUAGGG